UGACGCAAGUGGAAAAAAUUGUCAAAAGUCAAAACUCGAAAACUUGAAAUUUACUUUUUUCCGGUUUCACCUUCUUCAACUUUAAUUACAUUGUCCAUCUAACAAUGUCUGAUAAUAAAGAUGUUUCCAAAAAGGACACUGAUCCUGAGCUCGGUGACUUAUUGGAUAGUGCACUCCAAGAUAUGAUACAAAAAACAGAAGGUAAUACAGAAGAAAAUGAAAAUAAGUCAGAGGAAGAUGCUCCUGCCAAUGUGUGGAAUGAAGAAUUCAUAAGAGAAGCUGCAGCACAGUUUGAGAGUAACAUGGCUGCUCUGCUCGGAAAUAUCAGUGGAGUAGCAGAUGAAAAUGUAACUCAAGAACAGAUUGCGCAUACCUUCUCCAAAAUGGCUGAGGCAGCAGCGCAAGUGUUGAAACCAUCAGAUACACCUGCAGUGGAUACUGCCAACGAUACGGCAACUCAGGAGAAAAUAAAUGAGGUAUCAGAAGCGAUUACACGAACUCUGCAGAAUCUUAACACUGAUUCAGAAAAUCUGCAGACACCAUUCUCCGAAAACGAUUUAGCUAAUAUGUUUGCCAACUUUAAUAUGGGUGAAGGUGGACAGGAGAACAACAUGUUUGUGCCAUUCAUGCAAGGCAUGAUGCAAUCACUUUUAUCCAAAGAGGUUUUAUACCCAUCACUGAAAGACCUUGUGGAACGUUAUCCCACAUGGCUGGCUGAAAAUAAAGGCAAGAUUGAACAGGCUGAAUAUGAAAGAUUCGAAAAGCAACAAAAGCUUAUGGAGGAGGUAUGUGCUGAACUAGAGCCGGAGCAAGAAUCAGACCCUGAAGAAGUAAAGAGGAAACGCUUUGAAGUUGUUUUGAAUCUCAUGCAGCAGAUGCAAGAUCUCGGUCAACCCCCCAAGGAUCUGGUGGGUGAUAUAGGUGCCCCUCCCCCAGGCUUCGCACCCCCUGCUGCUCAAGACGGUGGGCAAUGUGCUAUAAUGUAACCAUUAGCAAUAUAAACUAACGAGGUAUGGAUAAUGUAUGGAGGCUAAGAUGGUUUUACUAAUAGUAAAUAUAUAAAAAACAUGUGAUGGAUUAAGUCAUCACAAUGUAUGUAACCACUAGUAAAAGUGCAGAAAAAACGUGGAAUAAAGUUGUAACUUGUAUGCUAAUAAAUUAUUAGAGACAUAUCUUUCAAGUGUCAAUAAAAAUGCAAUAUAUCUCCGUAUAGUUUUAUCAUUCGAAAAAUUAUUUCUUUAAUUGAUUCUCUAUUGAAAAAUAUAAAAAUCGAUUGUAUGUAAUCGAUGUAUCGAGUUAAUAAUCAAAUAAUCGGACGAUUUUGACAGCUGUCAAAUGCGAUUAUUGUUUUUGACAUUUCAUUAUGUCUUAUAAAUUAUACAUAUAGUUAUAGAUACAAACAUGCCAGUUGAAUUAUUCAUAUUGCUUUUAAAUAUUAUUUGGCAUUGUUAUUUUAGCUUUUCGAUAUUUUUCAAAUGUAGGAAAUAAAAUCAAGUAAUAAUACUAAAUUAUACUUACACAAUGUCGAUGAAAAACUAAUUUUGCCGAAAUGACAUUAAAUCAUUAUUUUCUCUAUAAUUAUAAAAUUUCAAAUUGUGCACAAGUAUCUUCUAUUUUGUUGAAUAACGAAUGUUUUAGUUUUUAAUAACUUUAUUUAUAAUGUAAAGGAGGUUGUUCUUGAAUAUUAAAAAAA